AAAGCCAAAGCUAACAGAGUCUCGUUUUUCGUCUUCGCUCUCCAGUCUCCACAAUCCCUUUCUCUCUGUGUGGAGACCGCAGUGCAAAGAUUCAAUACUGCAGAUCCAACAAUGAAUACCUCACCAAGAAACCAUGAGAGCCCAUACACAUCUCUCCUUCCAUCCCCAACAAGUCACAGCUCAACCAGCAGUAGCUGCAGCAGCAGCAACACAAACAGCCCCACUCACGGGCUCCAGCAGACUCACAAUAACAACCUAACCCAGCCACCGCCUCCUCAUCCUCCGAAACCCAUCACCAGAUCCGAAUCCGCCAAUCCUUAUCCGACUACUUUCGUCCAGGCCGACACCACCAACUUCAAACAUGUCGUCCAAAUGCUCACUGGUUCAUCCGAGACCGCCAAGAAUGCGAGCUCCAAACCCGCAUCAAACACCCAUCACCAACCCGAACCGUCUUCCAGAAACCACACCCACAAUAUCCCUCCCAUCAGAUCUAUACCCAAGAAGCAGCAAUCUGGGUUCAAGCUUUACGAGCGAAGGAACUCCCUGAAAAAUUUCAAGAUCAGCCCCCUUAGCCCGUUCUUUAACCCGAGUAACUCUGGGUUCUCGCCCCGAAAACCCGAGAUCCUAUCUCCUAGUAUUCUUGAUUUCCCUGCUCUGGUACUCAGCCCGGUGACGCCGUUGAUACCCGACCCGUUCGACCGAUCUGGAUUUGUGAAUUAUAACCGUACUAACGUGAAUAAUGUGAAGUUAGAUGCUCAGGCAGAGGAGAAAGCCAUUGAAGAGAAGGGCUUUUACUUGCAUCGGUCGCCCACGACUACGCCCCGAGGAUCGGAGCCGCGGCUUUUGCCGCUUUUUCCGGAGACGUCACCCAGAGUUUCAGGUUCUACUGCUUCUUCUUCUUGAAUAAACAAAAAAGGAUCGAGAAUAAUGUUUUAAUUUCUUUUCCUUGUAAGUUUUUUAAUUUUAAAAAAUAUAUUGUGGGCAUUUAUAGAGAAGUUGAGAUGGGGAAGCGAUGAUAAGCCUGUAAUGUUGGAUGAUGGAAGAGAAUGAGAGAAUCUCGCUUCAAUUGUAUAAUUUGGGUUCUGAUCUUCUCUUCAAAUUGAAUUGGAGUGUGUUUCAUUUUCCUUUUUGUGUUUGGUUGCUGAGAAAGUUAAGGUCAAGAUGAAUGGUAAAUGGUCAGGCUGUUCAGUUGACUAUAGAGUUCAUCUAAUGCAAACAACUUUGAAGUCAGAUUAGAACUCUUUUUAUUUAUUGAUCAAUGUGAUGUUUGCCUUUGUUUGGUUU